AUCAGAUUGACUUUAAUACAAUUUAUUCCCUGGCAAAUGUACACAUCCUAAAGUUCGACCUCAUCCGAAUUCCCAGUUGAACCAAAUCCCGUUUUGGUUCACCAUGACCACUUGGAAAAUACCCGAGUGUAGGGCCGUGGGCCUGUUACCAUUAGAGGAGGAGAGCGAUGUGCUGACCAGCGGUAAUGAGCCCACUGGCGGGGAGGAAGAGCCCGACGCCUACGAGGAGCUGGAGGAGAUGAAGCAGCGCCUGAUCCUCCUGCGUAGCAAGAUACUUAGGCCGGAGCUGAGCCGGUGCCAGGAUGUGGACGACCAAAAGGACUUGACCACCAGGACUCCGGAGAGGCAGCAGCUCGAGCUGCUGCGCCGCCAGAAGUACCUGCUCCAGUGUCGACUUAAGGAGGCGAAAAUGCACCUGGAGGAGACGAGCCGGGAGGUCAAGGAACUCGAGGAUUGGCGCUGCCUGCUCCAAUCGCGCAUCCUGGAGAUCAAGCGCAAACUUUCCCAGUUCGUGGAGUUCAUGCCGCGGGUCAAACACCAUUUCGGGCUGUGCAUCGAGCGUUGGGAGUACCUGAAGUCAAACAAAAUUGAUUCCACCACCUACCGCCAGAAAAUGCAGGCGCAAGCCCUUCACGCGGACAACUCCCGGAAGUGCGUGGUGCCCAUGAGCUGCCACAAGAACACCAGGCAGCACCUGCGUAUGGAGCUGAUGAUGCUUCGCGUCUUCCUGCACAAUCUCUUCGAGGCGAUGGUCAGCGACUUCCGGUUCUUCUGUCGCCAGAUGAACAUCAACUUUACCCGUUUACCAUCCAUUGACACCACUCCCACCAACAGUGCAGGAACUCCGACCAACUCGGUUGCUUCGUUCGAGGUGGAAGUCCGCGAAUAAAUUGGGUUCCGCUUAACCAA